GCUUCAUUUCCAUGAAGUUUCGUUUCGUUUCUUGGUGACUUGUUUCUCACUGUUAAGAAAAAUUCAAUCUUUUUCCUACUCCUUUAAAACGGAGGUGUUGGAGCUUUUUUUUAUCUCAUCAUUCGGCCUCCUCACUUAUCUGAUUUCAUUAAGUAUUAUUGAGGUACGCCUUUUCUUUACAAACAAAACUGUAAACUGUUACUAGUACCACCACUUCUACUCAGCAAUCCUUUGUAAUUGAAAGAAUCAUCAGAUUUGGUGUUAUUUUUACUGUAGAAAUUAGUGAUUAUCUUUUCUUCUUCUUGAAAUUAAGUGUGUCCAUUGAUUUCUUGAUGUUGUUUUUCAUCAUGGGUGGGAUUAGCUUAUAGAUUUGGUGUUAUUGUAUUGAGUUAAAAGCUGUACCUUUACAGAAGAUUUUUUUUUUUUUAGUUUUUGAGCUAAAUGGUCAUGGAUCCAAGCGUAUUUGAUUCAAUAAAUGGUUUGAGAGUUAAUACUGAGUCUGAAUCUGAUGAAAGCCUUGUGAGUUUCUUUAGAUUAGAAGAGUAUAGCCUUGGCCAAAAUCUCAUGGAUCAAAGCCCUAAUUUUAGUAGUAAUACAAGUGGUAUUGCUACAUCUUCUUCUUCUUCAUCAUCUUCAAAUGUAAGCCCUUCUUCUCCUGAAGAGUAUGAUUUCUCAGAUGUGGUUCUCAAGUACAUAAACCAGAUGCUUAUGGAAGAAGACAUUGAAGAGAAGAAUUGUAUGUUUCAAGAAGCUUCUGCUCUUCAAGCAGCUGGAAAACCCUUCUACGAAAUCCUCGGCGAAAAACCCCCUUCUCCUCAUCAUAACGCCCCUCUUUAUGCUGAUCAUCAUUAUCCAGAAAAUCAACUUCAGAACUUUGCUCACUAUCCUGCCCAAAGUAACAACAGUAGUAAUGGUAGUAAUAAUGCAGUUGAAAUUAAUUGGAUUGGUGAACUUGGUGAGUAUAGGUCUUUAUUUGACACCCAAAGCAUUCCUAGUGAUUAUACUUUCCAGGCGUCUCCUCAAUCGUCUUUCAACCCUUCAAACGGUUUUGAUUCUGUCGCUGAAGUAUUAGUUGAGUCACCCCCAGUUGCUAAGGUUCAGGUUCCUGAUAUGUUUUGUGAGAGCGAACCCAUUUGGCAGUUCAGAAAAGGUGUUGAGGAAGCAAAUAAAUUUCUGCCAAAUGGUAAUAACCUCUUGCUUAAUCUUGAGAGUAAUGCUUUGUUCAAUAACGAGCGAAAGAAAGAAGAAGCUGGUGAUGUUUUGGUCAAGCUGGAGAAGAAGGACGAGAGAGAGACAUCGCCAAAUGGUUCUAGAGGAAAGAAGAAUGUGCACCGGGAAGAAAUAGAUGUUGAAGAAGGAAGGAGUUAUAAGCAGUCAGCAGUCUUCUCCGAAGAGACGAUCCGGAACUCAAUGCUUGAUAUGGUAUUGCUCUGUAAAGGCGAAAACGAUAAAGCGAAUAUAACUCUCCGUCAAUCCAUUAAGAUUGAAGCAAACAAGAACUUGCAGCAGAAUGGUCAGUCAAAAGGAUCUAAUGGAAAGUCUCGUGGUAAGAAACAAACUGCCAAAAGGGAUGUAGUGGAUUUGCGGACACUACUCAUUCACUGUGCGCAAGCUGUUGCUGCUGAUGAUCGAAGGACUGCCGGUGAACUACUGAAGCAGAUUCGACAACAUUCUUCCCCUUUUGGAGAUGGUUCACAAAGAUUGGCCCAUUGCUUUGCUGAUGGUCUCGAGGCACGUUUGGCUGGAACCGGGAGCCAGCUAUACUCAACCCUCCUGUUCAAGAAAACAUCGGCUACUGAUAUCUUGAAAGCUUAUCAGCUCUAUAUGGCUGCAUGCCCAUUCAAGAAGAUAUCAAAUUUCUUCUCGAACCAAACCUUUAGUGAUCUGGCUGAAACGGCAACUACACUUCACAUUGUAGAUUUCGGCAUCCUAUGGGGUUUCCAGUGGCCCUGCCUUAUCCAGCGCCUUUCAAACAGAAAAGGUGGUCCACCUAAACUUCGGAUUACCGGGAUAGAUUUUCCUCAACCUGGUUUUCGCCCAGCUGAAAGGGUUGAAGAAACUGGUCUUCGGUUAAGAGCUUAUGCUGAGGAAUUCAAGGUCCCAUUCGAGUACCAUGCCAUUGCUCAGAAAUGGGAAACCAUUCAAUUCGAGGAUCUAAAGAUCAACAAAGAUGAACUUCUUGUUGUCAAUUGUAUGUACCGAAUGAGGAACCUACUUGAUGAGACUGUGAUAUUGGACAGUCCAAGGAAUGCUGUUCUGAAGCUGGUAAAGAAGAUGAAUCCCGCUGUUUUUGUCCAUGGUAUUGUGAACGGUGCCUUCAGUGCUCCAUUCUUUGUGACACGGUUCAGGGAGGCUCUCUUUCACUAUUCUUCUUUGUUUGAUAUGCUUGAAGCAAAUGUCCCCCGUGAACAUCCAGAGAGGGCACUCCUAGAGGGAAGGCUUUUUGGGAAGGAGGCUGUGAAUGUCAUUGCAUGUGAAGGAUCAGAGAGGGUUGAGAGGCCAGAGACCUAUAAGCAAUGGCAGGUGAGGAAUGUGAGGGCUGGGUUUGUGCAACUCCCGCUGAAGAAGGACAUAAUGAAGAAGGUGAAAGACAAAGCAAAAGAACUCUACCACAAAGAUUUUGUUGUAGAUGAAGAUAGCCAGUGGAUGCUGCUAGGGUGGAAGGGCAGAAUUAUCUAUGCCCUUUCUUCUUGGAGACCCAUGUAAGACUUCGGUUUUUCUACACCAUUGUUCACGGGCAAUGAGGUUUUUUUAGGGCUUGUAUCCUACUUUUGGUCCUCUAGCUUAAUGCCCAUGUUCCAAGGGAGAGCCAGAUUAGGAGGUAUACUGGUAAGUAAGCUGAUUUUGAGUGCUGAACUGCAAGCAACUGUUGCGUUGCUACUGGGACAGUAAUACAAGGAUGAAGAGAUAUACUUGUAGGUCAGCAUAUACUGCAGUCUGCCUCAUUUUCAUACAUCAAUCUAGAUGUAAUAGCAUCCUGAGAAAUGCAUCUUCUUUGUGAACCUUUAUUGAGCUCUACUGUAACAGAUACAAGGGCAAGAGAUGUGACUGAAGUCUUCGUGCUUUAGGCAAAACAAAAAUGUGAAAUAAAUAAACAGAGUAUCUUGUUAAACGAUAUGUGAUCUUCCCUCUUGAUUAUUGUCUUGCAUAUUAUUAUUAAGUAAUAUUACUGCAACUUAUUCUUUCUGCAUACUUGUCAGAAACCAACUUGGUUUCCAUAGUGAACAUGGGUCUUGUCUGCCAUAGGUGCUUGAUGAUUAUUGUUUACCUAAUUUUCUGAAAGUGUUGCCAUGUAUGGAAGUUUAAUUGUAAA